CCCUCCUCCCCGCCUUCCUCCGCCGCGGUCGGGUCUACGCGGACCCUCCAUUCCCUUUUACCCUCGCUGGGCGUGAAAGCCACCACUUCACAGGACGCGACCAGCCCGAAGAGUUCGAUACCCGCCUCGGCGAGUGCCAGGGAGGCGCAGGAGAUGGCCGCUCCGACCUCGCCCCCGUCUGUCUGCAAGACUAAGACGAAGACUUCCACCACGCUUUUGGGCAGCUUUGCCAGCUGCACUGACGCCUCCAAGGCUUGCGAGACCGUCCGGGAAGCGGCACGUUCCUCGUCCCGUUCGGGGCCCUCCCC